UCUGUUUUCUGCAUCCAGUUUUCCCAGGAAGCACUUUACUGCUCACCGUGUCGUACCUGUCCCUGGAGUGAGGCGCUGACACAUUUUAUUUCUUUUAUGCCUGACGUAAAGCCUGGGUCUUGCUCGCUCUCCUCCCCCUUCCAAAUGGCUCGGCCCGCAGAAUGUCCCAGCUUCCAGACACUUUGACAGCUGGAGUCUUGCCGGGGUUUAGGGUGAUGAUCCUACUACGGUGACUAACAAGGGGGGGGGGGAGCCCUUUCCCGCAGCUCUCUUGGUCGCGACCACGCGCCCCAUCUCUUGCUCGUCCCGGCUGCGUGCGCGCGGGCCCGGAAGCACCGGCGAGAUCGCUACGCGCAAAGUGCACUUGGUACAGUCCACUCCGCCGCGCCCCGCGCCGCCGGAAGUGAGGUGUCUUACCCCCGAAGUUCCGGUUCGCAGGGGGUGGGGAGUGUUGUUAACCGGAGCGGCCGCCGCAGUCGCGGUGAUUGAGCGGGCUCGCGGCGCUGGGCUCCUGGUCUCUGGGCCAGGGCAAUGUUCCGCACCGCAGUGAUGAUGGCGGCCAGCCUGGCGCUGACUGGGGCAGUGGUGGCUCAUGCCUACUACCUCAAACACCAGUUCUACCCCACUGUGGUGUAUUUGACCAAGUCCAGCCCCAGCAUGGCAGUCCUGUACAUCCAGGCCUUUGUCCUUGUCUUCCUCUUGGGCAAAGUGAUGGGCAAGGUGUUCUUUGGGCAGCUGAGGGCAGCGGAGAUGGAGCACCUUUUGGAGCGGUCCUGGUACGCUGUCACCGAAACCUGUUUGGCCUUCACUGUUUUUCGGGAUGACUUCAGUCCUCGCUUCGUGGCGCUCUUUACUCUCCUCCUCUUCCUCAAGUGUUUCCAUUGGUUGGCUGAGGACCGUGUGGACUUUAUGGAGCGCAGCCCCAACAUCUCCUGGCUCUUCCACUGCCGCAUUGUCUCUCUUAUGUUCCUCCUGGGUAUCCUGGACUUCCUCUUUGUCAGCCACGCUUAUCAUAGCAUCCUCACCCGGGGGGCUUCUGUGCAGCUGGUGUUUGGCUUUGAGUAUGCCAUUCUGAUGACCAUGGUGCUCACCAUCUUCAUCAAGUAUGUGCUGCACUCCGUGGACCUCCAGAGCGAGAACCCCUGGGACAAUAAGGCUGUAUACAUGCUCUACACGGAGCUGUUCACAGGCUUCAUCAAAGUCCUGCUGUACAUGGCAUUCAUGACCAUCAUGAUCAAGGUGCACACCUUCCCACUCUUCGCCAUUCGGCCCAUGUACCUGGCUAUGAGGCAGUUCAAGAAAGCUGUGACAGACGCCAUCAUGUCUCGCCGAGCCAUCCGCAACAUGAACACAUUGUACCCAGAUGCCACCCCCGAGGAGCUGCAGGCAAUGGACAACGUCUGCAUCAUCUGCCGAGAGGAAAUGGUGACAGGCGCUAAGAGACUGCCCUGCAACCACAUCUUCCAUACCAGCUGCCUGCGCUCCUGGUUCCAGCGGCAGCAGACCUGCCCGACCUGCCGUAUGGAUGUCCUGCGAGCAUCUUUGCCAGCCCAGUCACCACCACCCCCUGAGCCUGCUGACCAAGGAGCACCCCCUGCUCCUCAUCCUCCACCACUGCUGCCACAGCCUCCCAACUUCCCCCAGGGCCUCCUGCCUCCUUUCCCUCCAGGCAUGUUCCCACUGUGGCCCCCAAUGGGUCCCUUUCCACCAGUCCCACCUCCCCCAAGCUCAGGAGAGGCUGCAGCUCCUCCGUCCACCAGUGCAGCUGUUUCUCGGCCCAGUGGAACAGCCACCACCACAGCUGCUGGCACCAGUACUUCUGCCCCAGCAUCUGGUGCUGCCCCUGGCCCAGAGGUUGCCCCUGCCCCAGGCUUCCCCUUCCCUCCUCCUUGGAUGGGUAUGCCCCUGCCUCCACCUUUUGCCUUCCCCCCAAUGCCUGUGCCCCCUGCGGGCUUUGCCGGCCUGACCCCAGAGGAGCUGCGGGCACUGGAGGGCCAUGAGCGGCAGCACCUGGAGGCCCGGCUGCAGAGUCUGCGGAACAUACACACACUACUGGAUGCCGCCAUGCUGCAAAUCAACCAGUACCUCACUGUGCUGGCCUCCUUAGGGCCCCCCAGGCCAGCUACUUCAGUCAACCCCACUGAAGAGGCUGCCUCUGCAGUGGUAUCUGCUGCCCCCUCCACCAGCGUCCCCAGCUCUGAGGCCCCAUCCCCAUCCCCAGGAGCCUCCUCACCAGCCCCUGAAGCUGAGAAGCCUCCGGCUCCUGAGUCGGUGGGCGCUGCAGAGGAGCUUCCUGAGGACGGAGAGCCUGACGCUGCAGAACUCCGCCGGCGUCGCCUGCAAAAGCUGGAGUCCCCUGUUGCCCACUGACACUGCCCAGACCUGGCCCUGCUCUCGAGUGGCCCUCUCUGGAACACAUCCUGCCACCAAGUGCCAGCUCCGGCUGUCUGUACCGGGGAGUAACCCCCAUCUGAGAAAGAAGUGGCAGGAUCUCUGAGGCCAAGUAAAAGUGGUUGGGUUCAUAGUUGAUCCGUCCCGAUGGCCCUGGCAGCCAGGUGGAGAUGUUCAGCUCGAACCUUCCUCUACCACUUGUGCUGUGUUCUGCUGGGGCCUUGAAAGUAGCGGCUCAACCUCUGGGAAGCCUCCUCUCUGCUUUCUGGAAGAAGGUGAAGCCCCUCCAGGCCCUGCUUGUGAGUGUGGGACCAUGCUGCAGUGCCGAACAGUAUUACUUCUGUUCCCAAGUGUGGAGACCCCAGGGGCUGAAGACAGACCAGGACCUGCCCCACCCUCCUGCCUAGACGGACACCGGUCUCCUUCCUCUACCCCAAUCUCAGAAGCCCCUUUGUGAUGGUGGCUGUGCCCCCUAAGCCCUGUGGCAUUUCCAUGUCUUACUGGCAACCACACAACUCAGGGAAAGGAGUGCCUGGGGGUGGGGGGACAGGCGGGCAGCACUGAGGGACCCUGUCCUGCCCCUCCCCAGGCUCUUUCCCCCCCAUCUCACCCAGCAGCCACUGCCUGGUGGGCCUGGCUGAGGGUGUGUGCUGCUCCUUAACCACUGCUCCCCAGAAUCCAAGGCAGGCCACCUCCAACCCAUGGGACUCGAGUUCAGGAUUGGAACUACUUCUGUACCUAGUGGAUUUGGGCUUACUUUUGUCUUUUUGAUUUGAAUGCUUGACCCCAGGAAGGAAGAGCAGAUGUGAGGCUAGGUACCUGAACUUUCCCGUUUAGAACAGGCUCUGGGCCAUGCAGGGACAAUGGAGCCAAAGCCUAGCUGCUUCUGUCUUUCUUCCUUUUGGUUAUGUGUUACAGGAGUUUCUGGAGACAGUUUCAGGUGAUUAUUUAAUUUGUAAAUAUUGUACAAAUUUUAAUAGCUUAAAUUGUAUAUACAGCCAAAUAAAAACUUGCAUUAAUGA